GAUAUUUUCCUCAAAACUAUAGCAUUGCAGUUUGGCGAAAUCGCUGAGAACCGGAGAAAUGAGUGCGAGGGAGGAGAGGUACCAGCGGGGGAGCAAGAGACCCGCAGCCAGGAGGGAGAAUGAGUCUGAUAAUGGCAGCUGGGAACAAGCUGACCUGGGGAAUGAAGAAAGGAAGCAGAAAUUCCUGCGGCUGAUGGGAGCUGGGAAGAAAGAACACACUGGGCGUCUGGUGAUCGGUGACCAUAAAUCCACAUCGCAUUUCCGGUCAGGGGUAGAGGAUAAGAAAAUAAGUGAUCAGCUUGAGCACCAGUAUCAACAGAGCAUGGACAGCUCCAUGUCGGGGAGGAACCGGAGACACUGUGGCCUCGGAUUUAGUGAGAGUGAAACCACACAAGAGAAAGCCCCACCGCCCCCUCCUGAGCACCCUCCUGAAAGAGAGAGCGAGUCCGAGUCCAGCAAUGAGGUCUCUAGUGAGGAGGAGAGUGAGAGCGAGUCAGUUUCAGAGGAGGAGACCGCUGCAGACAAACAGAAGCCGACAAAACCAAAUGAAAAGGACAGUUUUCCAGACAGCAGAGAUGGCAAGAGCAACUACAAAAUGCUGUUUGUCAAGUCAACCGGCUCCUAAUGUGAUGUUCUACAGGAAGGAGUUAAUCCCAGGAUCAUGGGUCAAGCCAGUGUGUGUCUACAGAGAUCACCUGCACCUUCAUCAAAGCCAAACUCCUUUCACUCCUCCACUCAGUCCAUCAGUCGGUCAGUUUUAAAGGAGAGCGAAUAUCAAAGUGACCUGGAAAAAAAGCUGAAACAUCAGUGGUUGCAGUAGCACAACACUCGCCUCUCUGUGAUGCCAGAACUGGGAUAUUUCAAUUUUUAUGUUUAGUCAACAUUUAAACCUUUUCAGUACAGGAUGGGCUGAGCAUUCUAUUGGAGUAAAAUGCUUGUAUUUACCCCUUUGUGCUGAAGGGGUUAAGUGAUGUCAAGAAUAGUAUUUGGGUGAUGAUAAUCUCAUUAAGAAUCCUUCUGUGUCAAGUAAACAGACUUCGUACGUGUAUUUUUUGACAUCCUUGUAAGUUGUGAAAAAAUACCUAUUUUUUUAAAAA